CAAACCCCAAAAUUAAUAACCCUAAACGACAGCAAACCCCAAAAUUAAUAACCCUAAAUGACACCCAACCUUACCAAUCCAAAACCCCAAAUUAAUAGCCCCCUGAUAACCCCAAUGCGCCGCCGAUCCAGACCACAGCCUUGGCUCGCCACGCGUCGCUCAUCCACGCAUCCCCGCCAACACUGUCGCGCCGUGGCGUCUCCCCUGUUUCGGCAAAAGCAGGACUAGACCACCGCCAUGGAGUUAUCGUCGUAGUCCUCGCCCAGGAAUUAGUCGAGUCGAUCGCUCCGCCGCUUGGUCGCCGAGCGCAUGGAUUGAUUCUGAUUGUCUCCGUGAUUAGGUGGAUUGUCGUAAAAGAUGCUGUCGCUCGCCGACUGCGCUUCCGUGGUAGAUCGCUCGCUCGGUCGGUCUGCGCGGACGGUGUCGCCCUCGGCCUCGCGGCGCUCCUCCACCGUGUCCGGUGAGAUGACCGACUCGGUCAUCGACUUGCAGCUGAAUGAGCUCGCCAAAGCGCCCUCCUUGCGGUUUUCCUCUUCGCCGACCUUCGGCGAGUCAGCCGCCGAGCUGCUCGACCUCUCGCGGGAUUUCUCCUGCCAUGGUAGUUUUGACUGUGACGUCUCCGGUGAGCUCCGGCGUUUGGCGUUGAUCCCUCCCGACGAGGUGGGGCCGAGCGCAGUGGAUUCCCUGACCGGCGACGUCGAGGCGCUCAUGCUAGAGAUAGGCGACAUGGAGGAAGAGUCCAUCGAGAGCGUGGAGCCGGCGGUUAAGGCAUGCUUGGAGGGACUGGUCUCGACGUCGACGGAUACGAAGCGUGCGGCGGCAGCAGCUAUACGACUUCUAGCGAAGCACCGGUCCGAUUUUCGACUGCUAAUUGGGGCGUCGGGGGCGAUACCGCUGCUGGUGCCGCUUCUGAAGAACACGGACCCGGAGACGCAGGAGACGGCGGUCACAGCGCUUCUGAACCUAUCUCUGGAGGUGGAGAACCAGGGCCCCAUUAUGGCUGCGGGCGCCGUCAAGCCGCUGGUCUACGUUUUGCGCACGGGGACGGCAGUGGCGAAACAGAACGCGGCGUGCGCGCUGCUCAGCCUAUCGAUGGAGGAGGAGAACCGCGUCCCGAUCGGGGCCUCAGGCUCUAUUCCGCCGCUCGUGGCGCUCCUCGUCGGCGGGACGAGCCGGGGAAAAAAAGACUCUCUAACGACGCUGUACAAGCUGUGUUCGUCUAGGCGUAACAAGGAGCGGGCGGUCAGGGCGGGGGCGGUGUCACCGCUGCUGGUGCUGGCGGGGGAUCACGGCGGGGGCAUGGCGGAGAAAGCGCUGGUGGUGCUGGGGAGCCUGGCGACGAUACCGGAAGGAAUGAAGGCGAUCGUGGACACCGGAGGAAUGCCGGUGCUGGUGGAGGCCAUGCAGGAAGGGCCGACCCGCGGGCGGGAGUUCGCCGUGCAAGCUCUGCUCCAGCUCUGCGCCGACAGCACCGCCAACCGGGGUCUCCUUGCUCGAGAGGGCGUCAUUCCGCCGCUGGUGGCGCUCUCGCAGGCCGGCUCUUCCCGUGGCAAGCAAAAGGCGGAGAAGCUCCUUGGAUACUUACGGGAACAGCGACCGUGAGGAGCGCCGCCGCCGCUGCCGGACGGUGAAGGCGACGGAAAAAUCUCAUCUUUAUCAAGCAAUCAUCUACCAGUUUCCAUACCGUCUGCUGUGAAAGGAAAAAAAAAAAAAAGAGUUCUUGGUGAUUUGAUUUGCUGGCGUGUUUUCGGAUUGCAAACUUGUCCUCUGAACUCAUUGAUUUAUUCAUUAAUUUGGAUACGAGCGUGAAUUGUUUUGAUCAAAUCGGAAUACUUCCCUU